AUGUCGAUAAUCUGCAACGGGGCAUCACGAGAGGACGAAGACGUCGACGGUUUGAUCGCCGAUCUUCAGAAUAUGGGCACGAAUUUCGUGCUUCUCGAGAAACGCCCACAAAUCGUCGAACUUCAAACGAUUCUAAAAGACAAAAAUACCACAAAUUCGGAUUUCGUGUUCAACGCGGAUCGCCUAAUGCGACUCGUCAUCGAGGAAUGCCUCAACCAUUUGCCAUACAGGGAGAUUCAGGUUGUCACGCCGACAUGCUUCACUUAUGAUGGAAUUCAAUUUAGCCGCGGAAAUUGCGGAGUGUCGUUGUGCCGGAGCGGCGAAGCCAUGGAAAUCGCGUUGCGCCAGUGCUGCCGAAGCAUUCGAAUCGGCAAAAUUCUCAUCGGAGAAGAACAGAAAAUACUGUACGCGCGAUUGCUGCCUGACAUCGACUCUCGCCGUGUGCUCCUUCUGUACCCAACUAUUGGCUCGGGCACCACCGUGUGCAAGGCGAUCGAAGUUCUGAAGGAUGCCGGCGUUCGCGAUGGUAGCAUCUACCUCGUCUCGUUGUUUAUUUCGCCAAUCGGUCUCAAGAACAUCACCAACAAAUUUCCGGGAAUCACCGUCGUCGCUUCAGACAUCACCUCGCUUUAUCCGAAUCAUUUCUCGACGAAAUAUUUCGGCGCCGAAUAG